AUGCUGAUGUUUCUGCAGAGCGAAGCGUACAACAAGUUCCUCGAAGGACGCCGUGCCGAGAUGGCACACAUUCUGUAUCCCGAUAGCCAGGCUACCGUGGAUGACUGGGACGAGUAUCGUUCCGCGAAAGCACUCCGUCUAAUGCCUGGAGACACUGGGUACGUGGCCUGGGCCGCUGCCCUCCUGUUCUUCAUGGACGAAGUCAAGGCGAUUAGUACUCGCUUUUAUGGUGACAUACUAUUCAGAACGGUCGUUACUAUCCCCAGUCGUGAGGAUGCCCUUGCGGCCGCCCAACGCGAAGUCCCUUUCGUUCUCAGUAAGACACAGGAGUCCUUGGUCAAACUGAUGGAUCCUGAGCGCGAGCUCGAGCGGGCGUCACGUAAUGAUGUCGAUGUUACCAAGGCUAUUACUAGUGAAGCUCACCAGAACGCUGUCCUUUUGUAUCCGCGGGGCAUCGAAUGCGAAGAUUCUUGUUACACGAUGUCAUCAUCUAUCGAACUCGUUGAGGACGAUGGACAAGAGGAUCCAAAGACGGCUAUCCCGGAAGAUCAAAUCACAGCCCAGAUGGACCCAGAACUCCCAUACAUAAGAACCCAAAAGGUCAAAACCAAUCGCAGCCAACCGGCCUGUGAUCAGCCUGCCAACGCUCAAGAUCGAAAGCCAAAGUUCAGCGAAAUGAGUCAACAAGCUCUACUUUACAAAGGCAUGGAUGGAGUUCCAAUCGGUACAUUCAAACCUGAUCAUCUCACCGAUCCUCACCUACGCCGCCUGGUCUACGCGAGGAUGGACGCAUACGGCAAACUAUACCUGCUCCUGUCAGCAUUGGGGACGGAUGGUGGCACCUACGUCCAUCAGACACAGUCGAAACGGAAGAACUCCCAGGGGGUGGUGUCCUUCUACGACCUCCAACCCUUUAGCGAUGUCCCAGCCAUUGAUAUCGCUGAUAUAGCUGAGUGGGUUUUCAAGCAGCUCAAACGGAGGGGGAGUAACCCAGAUCUGGGGGGUCAGUUCUCUGGAGGAGCUGCGAGUAUCCGGAAAAAAGCAGGCUAG